GCUUGAAUUUUCUUUCUUUUCCUCCGAGACAGUAUACGGAAGCAAAAUUUGAAAAUGGGCCAUAUGUCAUCCAGUACACAGAACUUCAUUUAAUUGCCAUCUUCCUCAGCUGGAUUCAGAAGAAGAGUAGAAUGUUAAAGUAGUUUCACCUAUGAUAUUACACCUUACCCAUCGGCUGAAUUAAACUGCAAUCUGUAAAUGACUUUUUUGAAGAUAUGAAUAAUAAAGGAGCUGUUCGGGUGAAUGAUAAAAAGGAAGCUCAAGUUGUUGUAGUCUUAGAUGGUAGUGAUCGAAGUCUUGCCGCAGCAGCCACAGCACUUAUUACAGAAUCUGCAUUAAGUGAUGUGUCAAGUGCAGAACCUGCAAAUCAAGUUUCAUCCAAUAAAUUAAAGUUCAUAACAUGGAAUAUAGAUGGACUUAAUGAGAAAAAUCUAAAAUUAAGAACCAAGGCAAUUUAUAAGAAUAUUUUAAAUGAGCAGGCUGAUAUUGUGUUCUUACAAGAAGUUGUUCCUGAAUCAGCAGCGUACUUUUUAACUCAUCUGACUAAUUAUCAUUGUUUGUUUGGAAAUGAAGUUGGUUAUUUUGUGGGAACUCUUUUAAAAAAGUCUACAGUAUCAUAUUCUGAAUAUGAUGUAAUAGAUUUUCCUAAUACGAGAAUGAUGAGAAAUGCUUUGCAAGUAAAAGCAAUGUUUAAAAAACUUCCAUUGUACUUAGUGAAUUCUCAUCUUGAAAGUACAACUGAGGGUUUCCAGGAAAGAAAAGAACAGUUGCAGCUUGUGUUCAGGAAAGUGUUAUCUGCACCUGAAGAGCAUACAGUGAUCUUUGCUGGUGAUUUGAAUCUUAGAGAUAAAGAGUUACAAGAGCUAGGAGGCUUACCUGCUGGCAUUGAAGAUGUUUGGAUAUCGUGUGGAAGGCGCAAAGAAUGUUCAUAUACUUUUGAUAUGACUCGAAAUGAUAAUCUGAUUUUUAAUGACAAGUUCAAGCCACGAUGUCGAUUUGAUAGAGUUUACAUGCGACGCAGCUCGCCUGAGAAACUGAAGCCUGCGUACUUUGGUUUAAUUGGACUAGAAAGAUUAUUACCUCACAGAUGUUUUCCAAGUGAUCACUGGGGUGUAUUAUGUCAUUUUGAAGUGGAGUAGGAAAGGAAGGAAUAUGGCAUGGCUUAUGCAAGUUUUGGUUUCUCUUUUACUCCAUUUCCUUAUCUGUAAAUUUUGUUAAAUGUCCAAAUAUUUUGUAAUUUUUUAUGAAAAAUAAGUGAUGUGUAAAAAUUCUAAAAAAUGCAUUUUCUUUUUAUUAUUCUUACUUCUUUUUUCAAUUUGUCUUUUAAUUUGCACCUAAUACAGAAAUUGUAUUCUCAUUACUGAAAGCAGUUUAAUAUGUUUUGUAUUUCCUCCAUAUGUUUGUGUUCACAUAAAAGUUUACAUUUAUUUUUACUGCUCAUUUUUACUUGUAAGAAUUGUAAAGAAAAAUAAAGUGUUUUUAUUACAA